GUUUGAGAGUUGGGAUAUUAAAAAUUACAUAAAUUAUUUAAAAAAUGAGCCAGAAAAGUGCUCAAGAAGACCAGACUCCCCCUGGCUACCAACUCCUUGAAAUCGAAGACCAAUCUCCCCCAGCUGCCACCAAGAACGCUCACAAUGUAAGCCAUCCCUCCAAGAUCUCUAUGUCUCUCCUAGAGCCUUCGUGUGUUGUUGAGCCUGAAGGAGAAUAUCAUUAUGAACAAUCAUAUGCCAAAGGGGUGUCUAUUAUGCUGAUAAAUACCUUAAUUGCGACUGUUCUGCAUGUUUCUACCAAAUAUAUGUUAACAGUAUCUCCAGAGAUGAGUCCCCUCGAUUCUGUCUCAAUGAUGGGCUACUCCUGAGUCCCUUGCUUCUACCUCUACGCAAAGUAUAAGAAUGUGAACGUAUAUCUGUUCAACUUCAAACCGAAAGUUCAGCUUGUUAUACUUGUUCGAGUAGGAGUUGGUCUCUGCAAUAACUUUUGCUUAUGGUAUGGCUUUCAAUAUAUCUCCAUUGGAAAAGCAAUUUUGAUCUGGAGCAUAAGCCCAUUGUUCUGUGCUAUCACAGCUGCUAUCUUUUUGAAGGAAAAAAUAACAUAUCAGAGCAUCGGCUUGAUCUUGUUUUCAAUUGUAGGAGUUUACUUUCUAACAUUGAACAAGUCAGACGAUCCUAAAGUUGCCUCAAACGAGACCUUUGGAUAUUGACUUAUGGUUGCCUCAGCAUUCCUUUAUGCUCUAUUAUUCGUGCUUCUGAGAACAAUGAGUAUUAAUGGCGUUCAUGCUUUUGUAUCACCCUUGUAUUUCGGAACAGGAGUGCUUAUCCAGAAUUUCAUCAUUAUCAUUUUCUUCCCUGGUGCACUUCACUUUUCAGCUUAUAUUGACAAAGUAGUUAACAUAUCUGCUCUACUUAUCAUGAUGGUAGGCUGAGUAGUAGGCCAAUACACCUGGAUGACUGCUAUCCAAUACGCUCCCGCUUCCAAACUCUCUCCUAUCGGAUACAGUGAGAAUGUGCUGACAAUCUUGUCAGACAUCGUGAUCUUCAAUUACCACUUCAUCAUGACCGACUUCUUGGGUAUUGCCAUAAUUAUCCUGUGCUUGGUGAUCCCUCUCAUGCUGAAAUCCUCUGAAUAG